CUGGACAAUAAGAUAAAGAGAUAAUGAGAAUAGUGGAUUUUGUUUCUACUUGUAGGUACAGCACCUAGAAGAAGGGAAGUCACCCCAAAAGGAUCUAAUUAUCUCAAUACAAAUCAGUCCACAGAUUGUUAAGAUCUGUAUAAUGAUUUUGACAUGAAGAAGGAUAUAGAUACAUUGCUAGCAGAGGAACGUGCUGAAAUCAUCGCUAAAUAUGACAAGGGCAGGCAGGAGGGCGUCAACAUUGACCCAUGGGAGGAUGCUGAAUACAGCAUCUAUAAGGUCACCGACCGCUUCGGCUUCCUGCAUGAGGAAGAGCUACCAACACCCAGUGCGCUUGAAGAAAAGCAUAAGCAGCAGGACAUAGAGCGAGUGGAGAAAUGGGUGAAGAUGGUGAAGAAGUGGAACAAGUACAGGAACAGUGAAAAGUUGGUGAAGCGUGUGUAUAAAGGCAUCCCUCUGCAGCUGAGAGGCCAGGCCUGGGCCUUGCUUUUGGACAUAGAGAAAGUCAAACAAGAUAACGACGGAAAAUAUGAGAGAAUGAAGCAGCAGGCUCGUAACUUCUCCACAGAGAUCAAACAGAUAGACUUAGACGUCAACAGAACCUUCCGGAACCACAUCAUGUUCAUGGACCGCUUUGGAGUCAAGCAGCAGGCACUGUUUCACGUACUAGCAGCUUACUCUGUCUACAACACGGAGGUGAGCUACUGCCAGGGAAUGAGUCAGAUCGCUGCCAUCUUGCUCAUGUACCUGAAUGAGGAAGACGCUUUCUGGGCUCUGUCCCAGCUCCUCACCAACAGCAAGCAUGCCAUGCACGGGUUCUUCAUCCCAGGAUUUCCCAAGCUGCACCGUUUCCAGACCCAUCAUGAUUUGGUCCUUUCCAAAAUGCUGCCAAAGCUGAAGAAACACAUGGAUAAGGAGCAGAUGACAACAGGGAUUUACACCACCAAAUGGUUUCUGCAGUGCUUCAUUGACAGAACCCCUUUCACCCUCACCCUGCGUUUAUGGGACAUCUACAUAAUGGAGGGAGAGAAGAUGCUAACUGCCAUGGCUUAUACAACCCUCAAGUUACACAAGAAGCGCCUGCAGAAGCUUCCAUUAGAGGAGCUGAGGGAGUUUCUCCAGGAGCAGAUGGGUGUUUCUUUCUUCCUGCCUGAUGACGUGGUGGUUGAACAGUUACAUGCUGCUAUGUCUGAGCUUCGCAGUAAAAAGCUGGACCAACCUCCUCCAGCCAAGUCAGAGGAGCUGCCAAAGAAACCUCUGGGCCAAGAGAGACCAGUUCUCCUUCUGCCUCUGCAGCCUGACUCUCCACUGGAGGUCAAAAUAAAUCUGCAGCCCCACAGCCAACCCAAUACAGAGGCCCAGCAAACAGACAGCAUCACCCUACACCAAACUCCUUCUCCUGCAGAGCCCCAGGACUCGAGUACACCUCUUCUGCCUUCACCUGACCCAGUUGUAGUCCACACACAAGGUACACCUUCUCCUUUAAGGCCUUGCAGAGCACCUCCGUUACCUCCAAAAGCAGACAAAUGCUGUGCUGAGGUCGAGUUGGACAGAGAUGUGAAGGAGUCGCUUCCAGAGGUUAGCCAGACCGAAGAUGUGGGAAAACAGGAGAGCCAGACUGGAAACCCAGAGACCCGGGACGAGCCCGUGGCUUGGCCUCCACCCUAUGAGCCCCUUGAUUUGGAAGCUCUUGCUGUGCAGACUGAGGAGGAAUUCAUGGACCUUCCGGAUCUGCCGCCGCCACCUUUCUUUUACACUGAGCAGAAUGACCAAGGGCCUCUGGACAGUGGAUCCCCCCACCUGGGGAAUGGGACUGGGACUGGCCCAGAGACUCAGCGGCGCUCUCCUUCCCCUCGCUCAGCCUCACCACUGGUCACUCAAAUGAAGCUAUCUCCAAAACCAUGCCCAAAACCACCCACGUCUCUUGACCUCACACAGACAAAACCUCCUCCCUCAAAGCCUUCCCUUCCCAGAAAGCCUUCCCCUCCCAGAAAGCCUUCUACUCCCAGUGCCUGGACCAUAUCCUCCUCCUCCUCCUCCUCUCCCAGACUUCCUCCCCCAAAGCCAACCAAGUUCCCAGUCUCCCUCUACGUCCCGAUGCACACAGGAGACAGACGGCCUUCCAACACCUCCCAGUAUGACAACCUUUCCGAGGCCGACGACGACGACCGCUACCUGGAGAGGCUGCUGGGCUCCACGCCUGAGGAAAUUCCCAGCAUGCAUGGCAAUCCCCCACAUAGCACUGACGGAGACUAUGACCCUGCUCACUUCCCUCUGCCUCCACCUCCCGUGUUCAUCCCUCCUUCGCCUUCCCCUAUCCCUCCCUCGCUGUGCGUUCUCCCCAGUUUGCCUCAGGAGCCAGAAUAUGAAGGAGAGGACAGCUGGGUGGAGGACUCCAUCAUCCCCCCUCCUCCAGCUAGUUUUGCUGACAGACUCACUCCCCACACGGGUAGUGCUGCCAGCUGUUCAGACACACACAGAGCCACCUCGCCCGGUUACUCUAAGCCUUUUUCUAGGGGCCCCAGGAACCAUUCUGCUUUCCCAGCACCACUGUUGUACACGGGGUCUCCCCCAGGACGCUCCAGGCCCUCAGGACAGUCAGCAGUAGGGGUGCCCCUGGUCCAAUCCAGCCCAGACUUUUGCAGGAUGCCUCCAGUUGGACAGCAACUGCCCAAAUCAGUGACCUUUUGAAGUUUCUAAGUAUCAUUCAAGUGUUACCGAUUAUGCCAAGAUGAUUGGGACUCCCGGUAAUGCUUGAUUAGUCUUCAGUCAUUUAAGAGGCGAAAGGCCAGUAGCUAUUUAGUGUGUCAAAUGUUUGUGUGUGUGUGUGUGUGUGUGUGUGUGUGUGUGUGUGUGUGUGUGUGUGUGUGUGUGUGUGAAAGGACUUUUUUUUCAUUGAUAUGUACAGAUUUAUGUGAUACUUGCACCUUUUUUUGGGGGGGUUUUCAGUUAACUUUUCUAAGUGUUGAACUUGUAUUUAAAACUUGUAUGCUGCCAAUGUUACUGUUUGCUGCACAAAAAAUGAGUGCAUCAACUCGCCUGCUCCUGUUAGUGUGCGAGACCAGAUUUGGUCCUCAAUUUCGAGGGUCGGUAAAUAGAAAUGUACACAGAAAUAAGGUGAUCUUAUACCAGCUGAGUGUUCCACUGUUGUUUCAUCUCCAGUUGGUUUCAUUUCGUUGCAACCAAAGUGUCUUAACCUGAUCGCAGUGCACUGAGGCUAGCAACUCUAACCCAAGGGCUUUUGAGGCUGCAGAGUAAGGUCAUCUUUGCUAAAGCACCCAAAGCCUAUACAGUACAUUUCUACUGCAUUUAUGGUCAACUGUGAGCAGGCUCACACACCUUAACAGCAUGUCAAACUAAUGAGUAACUGUUAAUAUGACCGUUUCUUUACUGUAUCUUAAGGUCAAUAUUUGAUAACAAAGGACCACUAAACCAGGUUGCACCAAAGCAGUUUGAAUCCAAACUUUUAAAAGAAUCGCUAAAAUUAUAACCACUAGCAACAGGAAAGACGUGGUGCAUUAUGUCACUGGUGUAAACACGGAAGCUAGUUUUAUUCACAUAAAGCCCAGUCAGGUCAUUUCUUUUUCCCCAGGCAGGCAGCAGUGGGUACUCUGUGGGUACUUUGCUGCUUUAUUUUGUUUUAAAUUGACUCGGUAGGAUGAUCAAUCUCAAAGCAAUGCUUUCAGUGCUAUAUCGGUUUUCUGACACUUGAUUUCACAGCAAUAAUGUACUGUUCCAUGUGUAUAAACAUGCAAUUUAUCAAGGCUAAAUAAGGUGGAAAUAUAAGACUUAACAGGAGGAUUUAAUGAAUGCAACAUAUUGUCAGCACAGGCAGACUUUACAGUAAAAAGCCUUGUCACAAUGUUUAUAAAGAGUAGCUCCAUCUAGUGGUCAGCAGUGUUAAAGUUAAAGCAUUGUUCUAUACUGCCAGGGACCAGGGAAAGAAGCAAGUGAAUCAAACCUGAAUUUAUUCAUAUGCACAGCUAUAUUUUAGAGCCAUUGCAGAGACUGGUGUACAUUUAUUUGAAUUGCUCAGAGCAAAAGUGCUAGAGAAAUGGAAGUUGAGCCAUAACCUACUGUUCUUGGACCUAAUAGUCAAACAUGUUUAUAUUGAUUCAUGCAGUUAUAUAUUAUAUAUUAUGUUUGAACAUCAGCUUUGUUGUUUGCGCUGCCCUCUGUCAUUACCAAGAGGUUUUGCAAUUCUUUACGUUUUCAGUUGAUUUCUAAUGGAGUUCCAGGUUACUGAUAAUAAAUAAUUUUCAUCUUAGGAAGUUAUGUUAA